CGUGGUAAAGCCAACUUUGUGGCCUCAUGCUAACGUUAGCUGUCAGUCAUCAUGUCGUUUUGUUUUAACUUCGACGUCCCGGCAGAGACAACAAACAGCGCGGGUGGAAAAGAGCUGCAAAACAGAGAGAAAGAAAGUGCUGCUCAAUCUGAGGAUGACACCAAACCAUCGGAGCCAGUAAAGGAAGCCAAAGAGCACCUUCCACUAUCUGACCCACAGCUGCUCCUCAUAGAUGCUGUCACUGAAACGGUUACCAUAGGAACUCUUCCUCCCCUUCACUUUCUCAACGAAACAGUUUUUGAAAAGACGGCCUCAGAGAGAGAGGACGGGGAAAGAAUCCUUUCUCGCACUGCGGAGCAGAGGUCUGAUCUCAUCUCUGGCGUGUACGAGGGAGGGCUGAAGGUGUGGGAGUGCACUUAUGACCUUCUAGAGCUGAUUGAGAAAGACGGAGAGACCUUUGGGGGGAAGGCAGUUUUGGAUUUGGGUUGUGGUGCAGGACUGUUAGGGAUAUUGGCUCUGAAAAGAGGAGCCAAGCAGGUCCACUUCCAAGAUUAUAACAGUACAGUUGUUGAACAACUCACAGUGCCAAAUGUAAUGCUAAACUGCCAAGAAGAUGAUGAAGUAGACAGUGAAGACGACAAAGAAGAAGGGAGGGGCAAGGGAAAAAUACAGGAGGAAGAUGGCUGUAAAAAGAAGGUGAAAGAGAAACAAGAUGAAAACCCACCACCUAAGAAGAGAGCCAUAGACCUAUCCCAGCAGCCAUUACUAGCCAAGUCGUUUUUCUCUGGCGACUGGAGCACGUUUCUAGCUUUGGUCAAAAAGGAGGACCCACAACCCAAAUAUGACAUUAUAUUCACCUCAGAGACUAUCUACAACACCGCAUACUACCCCACGCUACAUGAGACCCUCCACAAACUGCUGGCACCGGGUGGACUCGUCUACCUCGCCACCAAAUCCCACUACUUUGGCGUAGGUGGUGGGCUGCACCUGUUUGAGACGUUCGUGGAGAAGAGGGGUAUUUUCUCCUUGAAACACCUUUGGGAUGGGGAAGAAGGACUACAGAGACAUGUGGUUGUCCUACGUUUUAAAGUGGCAAAGGACACUUGAAUAAGUGAAGUACAGGAUUUAAUAUGCAGUUUUAUUCGUGUAAUACCUGUCAGGGACUUUUGUGCUCUGUUAAAAGAACAAGGAAAAUCUGUAAUAAAAAAUGCUGUCUCAUCUCCUA